AUGUGGCUGACUCUUCUUUACAGUUGCACCGGUGGAGCAGCUCUCCUGUACGCUCUCUACAGAUGGGUGAUCCCCGCCGCCGUGCAGUAUCACGGAGGGCUGGCGCUGAUUUGGCACGAUGUCAUCGUGGAGCGAAUGCUGGACACACUGACCCAGUCGACACGUCCUCAGCGACUCCUGGGUGCAGUACAGAAGAACGCCACUAGAGGAGACCCUCGCAGCGUGGUCCAGGCCAUCGAUCAGUUCUGCAGGCAAAAGGAGUGGGCCAUGAAUGUGGGGGAUGAGAAAGGCUGCAUUCUGGACUCAGUGGUGUCUGAGGUGAACCCGGCCACGGUGCUGGAGCUGGGGACCUACUGUGGCUACUCCACGGUGCGGAUCGCCAGCCGGCUUCCUCCUCACGCCAAACUCAUCACUCUUGAGUUUAACCCAGACUUUGCUGUUGUCGCUCGUCAGGUCAUUGCUUGGGCUGGAGUGGAGGAUAAGGUCCACUUAGUCGAAGGAGCAUCUGGCGACUGGAUCCCCAAAAUGACAGAGCAGUUUGGGGUGAAAACAUUCGACUUGGUUUUCUUGGAUCACUGGAAAGAUCGCUACCUUCCUGACACGAAGCUGAUGGAGGAGUGUGGCCUCUUAAGGAAAGGCAGCAUCUUACUGGCAGAUAACGUCAUCUGCCCCGGAACCCCUGACUACCUUGAAUAUGUCCGAAGCAGCGCGAGAUACGAAAGCCAGUACUUCAAAUCUCACCUGGAGUACACCAAAGUGGAGGACGGCUUGGAGAAGUCUGUCUUCUUAGGGUAGUUUUUAAACCAGAAGUGCCAUGUUUUACACAGGUACAAGUAAACCUCAGACCUACGGAGACUUGAAACAAGAGUUGAAAUCUGCUUUUCUAAUGUCAUAGAGUGUGUU